AUGAGUGAUUUCGGAAAGCGAAAAAGAGAAAGUAAUUUUUCGGCAAAUGAAAAACAAUUAUUAGUAUCCAUAAUAAGCAAGUACGCGCAUAUUAUCGAGGACAAAAAGACUGACCGAACAUCUAUGGAUACCAAAAAUGAAGCAUGGAAAUGUAUUGAAACUGAAUUUAAUAGUUCCAAUGCAGAUGGUAUAUACCGAAAAGCAGAGAGGUUGAAAAAGUUUUUUUGUAAUAAGAAGCAUGACAUACGAAUUUUGAAGGCAGAGAAAGCCAAAUUAGGUUAUUUGGAAGCAAACGUCUUAGACAAUGAUGAGCAUGUCAUGGACACAGAAAUAAUUAAAACAUUUUAUGAUAAUGAGAAAAAGAAGGUAAAGAAGAAUAAUAUCGAGGAGAAAAAGUUCCUAAAUAAGACGGGUUGUGGCAAAUUACCCAUAAGAAAACUUGAUGAUACAGAAGAUGUAAUGCUGUCCAUAAUGAACAAAAAAACUAUAUAUGGAUUAACUCCACAUCAGUUUGACAGUGAUAAUGUUAGCACUCCAAAAAUACAAGUAAAUGAAAACGUGGAAUUUGAAUACUUGGAAGUUGAAAAUAAUGAAAAUCAACAUUCUAAUUAUGAGUCUGACAUGGACGAUGAUGAAGAAGACAACAAUUGUGAAAAUAAAUCAAAUCAGUCCUCCAAAACUCCAGUUAGACAAAACAAGAGCUGUUCUCGGCGGAGACCAACUGAAUUUGUAAAAGUGUUGUCUUCGUCUUUAUUCGCUGAAAAGUAUGACCUUCUGCUAGACAGAAGGUUAAUCCUCAGUGAAAAGUUAAUAGAGGAGUUAGAAGAGGAACGUGUUUUUAAAAGAAAAGAACGAAAACUUAAACUGGAACUCUUACAACUUGAAAUAGUUGAAAAAAAGCAGAAAAAAUAG